GCAACUAACUUCCAGAUGAGGGUGUGGUACAUGGAGACAAAAUGCAAUGUGUCAGACCAAUUCAGAUCAUUUCACUGAAGCACUUCUCAAUUGCAGUACCUGCGAACUAGUCUGCUGACAAAAGCUUUGCCAUGGGCUGGGAUAUGAAUAACUCAACUGAUUACUGGAUUGAGGAUGAGGAGGAUGAUCUCAACUCUGUUAUAGAUUACAAUACAUACGAGCUUCUCUGUGAAAAAAGUGAUGUGAGAAAUUUCAGUAAAUUAUUCCUGCCUGUGUUCUAUGCACUGGCUUUCACUGUUGGAGUUGCUGGAAAUUCAUUAGUGGUCGCAAUUUAUGCCUACUGCAAGAAACCGAAGACUAAGACGGAUGUGUACAUCAUGCAUCUAGCCAUUGCUGAUUUGCUCUUGCUCUUUACACUGCCUUUUUGGGCUGCAAAUGCAGUGCAGGGAUGGGAACUUGGAAACUCCAUGUGCAAGCUCACUUCUUCUCUAUACACCAUGAAUUUCAGCUCUAGCAUGCUGCUCCUGGCCUGUAUCAGCUUGGAUAGAUACAGGGCCACUUCUGAAUCCCAAGGUCAAAGAAGAAUUGGUAAACGCUGCAGUGUUACCUGCAUCUGCGUCUGGCUAUUUGCCAUUUUCCUCAGUAUCCCUGAACUGAUAUUCAAUCAAGUCAAGAAACACAAUGACAGGAAUGAAUGCCUUCCUGUAUUUCCAGUGAACAUGGAAACAGUCUUAAAAGCAACCAUUCAAAUCCUGGAAAUUAUCCUGGAAUUUCUGCUUCCUUUCCUAGUAAUGCUGAUCUGCUAUUCGGCUACUGCUCGAGCAAUCUUUAGAUCUGCAAAUGCUAAAAAAUCUAGACCUUUCAUGGUCCUGCUGGCAGUAGUGGCUACUUUCAUUAUUACCCAGCUACCUUACAACAUUGUUAAGUUCUGGCGAGCCAUAGAUAUUAUCUACAUGUUGAUUACUGACUGUGAUACAAGUAAAACCAUAGACGUUGCACUCCAGGUCACCAAGAGCAUAGCUUUGUUUCACGCCUGCCUGAACCCUCUCCUCUAUGUCUUUCUGGGUGCCUCUUUUAAAAUGCAUAUUAUGAAAAUUGCAAAAAAUUAUGGAUACUGGAGAAGACAACAACAGAAUGGACAACCUGAAGAAAUUUCUAUGAAUUAUGAAGACCAUACUGAAGAAACAAUUAGCUUCACUAUAUAGGCUCUCCAUUGCUUUCAUUAUCUUAUAUAACCAAGGGAAUUAUUUACUAAUUCUGGGGGUAUUGUUUCAGCAGCUGUUUCUCUGCAAGUCAACUUUCAGAUUAAUUUCUGAACCUACAGACUAGCCAAGACACUGCAGUUCAAAUUGGACCACGUUGAUCAAAAUUAAGCAUCAAGCAUGAACUAAAUACUGAAAUUAAUAGAAACAACUAGAAAUAAUUGCUAAUAAAGAAAAAAAAAAUCCAAACACACAAGAAAACCCGAACACCUAAAAAACCACGAAGAUUCACAUUUAAAAGCAUCACAGUACUAGGCAAUUAAAUAGCUGUGUAAUGAACAAUCUGUACAUGUCUAAACAUCCAAUUAAAACAGAGAAAGAAACCAUCAGCAAUAAAAUAGCAGUACAGGAACUUGUGUACCAAAAGUUAAUAAUCUUGUGUUUCUCCAACUAUUUUGUAAAAUUUUAGAACAUUUGCCUAAUAAGUCAGUUCCACUUUUUUUUUCCUCAGACACCAUUCCACAGAUACCCCUGCACCUUGAAAUGAGGUAUCGGUUCAUGGCUGAGAAUGGGGGUGAGAGGGCAGGAUUCUGUAUGUGUUUCCACAUAUGUAUAACAACAACAACAUCCUCCACAAAAAAUUGUAACUUCUUCUGUGUAACUACCAAAACCAAACUUUCAUCUCUCCUUUUUUGCUCACCCUAAACUUCAACAUCCUAGAUCUCUGUAAAUGUCCUGUCAAAUGUAAAUGCCAAGGUUGUACAGUCAAAGCGUUAUGUAAUGUAAGAAAAAGUUAAGUUAAUCUUCAGAUACAGGGCCUGGAAUUUCUAGUCAGAAUUUGUAAAAUGAAUCAAACACUGCAAUAACUGUAUCUGCUAAAAUAUACAGAAAUACAAUAAAACCAAAGAACACAAAAA